AAUGUUCACGUUUCUUCCACCAGUGAGAUUCACACAUUCCGGGAGCCAAAUUCGCAAGUCCAAAUUCAAAUAUCAGCUCACACUUCCUUCGUGGCAAACUGAAGACAAAUUCUCAGCUUAAUCUUGACCAUAGGUUUGAAUUUAAUCAAGGGCUGAAAUUCUUCAAAAUUGAUUCACACGGAUGACUCUCCAAACUUGAUCCAAAGGCAGAAGUCGUGAACCGAUUUCCCUCUCAAUCUCCCUCCAAUUUGUCAUACUCUUCUCACCUAUCUAUGCCUAUAAAUAAGCUAUCUUAGAUCAGAAAGAGGGGGAGGAGAAAAAACAGAGUCGUUAUGCUGCCAAAAUCUCACCACAAAGAAUUCUCCUCCAAAAAAACUUGAUCUAAACCGAUUCACAAACCUGUAAUUACGCACCAGUUUCCAUCAUCAUCUUCCAUAGCUAAAUAUCACAAAACCUCCAACAAAUUCAUCAACAACCAUUCAUCAUCUUUUAAAUUUCAACUUCAAUACAAUCAACCUGCAUAUACACCUUCACUGAUCUCAAACAACUUACCUUCAAUUCAAUCCUUCAACAACGAUGAAAUCAGUACGACCUUCACGCAACAAAAGCUCAGCGAUUCAAUUUUGAUUCAACAUCACCUCACGUUUUCACCGGCAAACUCAAACGCAACGAAUCAGACGCAUCAUUUUCACCACAUGAACGAGUCAGCAUCAGCAGCGUGAGUUAUCAACAUCAGACGCAUCAUUUUCAUCACAUUGACAAUGUCACAUUCAACUCCAACAGCAGAGGAUUGAAGCAGAGCAAAAGGAAAUCAAGCUUGUUCUGGAGUUUAGUAGCCGCGUGUGACUUAGCUGGAGGUUCUUCCUUGGUUAUUGGAGACUAGGUAGUGAGUCGAUGCUCUGGUCAUGUAACACUGGGUAGAUUAGUCGUGUUGAACUCAUGUUUCUAUUUGGUUAUGUAUUAUGUUUAUGACUUGAGAACUUGUUAUUUGGCUACUUGUUGUUUGAGAGGCUUUCAAGCCAAAUAUCCUGAAUUAUGUUUUAAUUUAUGUUGAUAUGAUUAUUGAGACUUGAUCAUGGUAUGGGACAUGGAUCAUUUUAUGAAACACAUGAGUAUUUAGUAGUUUCCGCUGUGAAUGCAUAUUCUAGAUAAAAUAUGAUGAAUUGAGAAGUGUUAUUUGAAAUGACCAGGUGUAUCAUAUAUUGUAAGUAAAUGCUGUCGGUUUUUAAAAAGUUUUUAGUUUUUGGAAAACGUCGAUGUGACGCCCUUUUGAAUUAUAUGCAUGCUUAUUCUCUGAUUAUAUGCUUAUUUAUUUUGGGGUAUAAAAGGGGUGUUACAUUAGUGGUAUCAGAGCAUGGUCGACCAGUUGGUCAAGGUUAUUAAUGUCUUUUAUCCUGUUGUAUUUGAUUCGUGUAUCUGACACGAUCGACACUGUUUUGUCUGGUUGUUUGGUUGUUUAGGACGAUGGUUGCGGGAAGGAAUGUUGACAUUAAUGUUGAGGCAAUAAUGAGGUGGACUGGUACGAUUGGACAAGCGCCACAAGAGAAUGUCGGUUAUGGAGGAAAGGAUGAGUUCCGUGCUUUUGGAGACUUUCAAAGGUGCAAACCGCCGAUCUUUGAAAGAGGGUAUGGACCGGACAAGGUGCACGCAUGGAUGAGAGAAAUUGAGAAGAUCUUUCAAGUCGUGAGUUGUACUGAUGUACAGAAGGUUCGGUUUGGUACUCACAUGCUGACGAAAGGAGCUGAAGAUUGGUGGAGUAAUAUUGUGCAGAGAUUUGAAAGAGAAUGUAUUGAAGUUACUUGGACUCUUUUCCGUGAUGAAUUUUUGGAAAACUAUUUUCCAGAAGAUGUGCGUGGAAAGAAAGAAAUGAGGUUUCUAAAGUUGAAGCGAGGAAGAGGACAAUCCAGCGGGAAACCAUAUGAUGACAAGAGAGAACAAUCUGAUUUUGGCAAGAAGCUAAGUGGGGGAGGAAAUUCUACUCCACUUAAGUGUUUCGGAUGUUGUAUUGAAGGUCAUUGUGCCGUAGAUUGUGAUGGGACUCCUGUGGUGGUCAUAAAGCACACAAGUGUAGAAUUGGUUUGAGUGUCAUUUAUUACAAUUGUGGUGUGAGAUUGGAUCUUGUUUUAUCUGUUAUGCAUAGAAGUAUGGUUAUUGAUACAACUGUUGUGGUUUUGUUUCUACUUCUUUUGUGUGUUUGAAUUAUCCGUGGAGCAUCUUG